GCCUGAGGUCUGUUGUCACAUUCGCCUGUUUAGGGUGAAGACGUCUGACCUGAGGCAGCCUGCAAGGUUCUGCAACCCAACUCGGACACCAUGGCGGACAGCCGGGACCCAGCCAGCGACCAGAUGAAGCGCUGGAAGGAGGAGCGUUCCACGCAGAGACCUAGUGUCCUGACCACUGGAGCCGGCAACCCUGUAGGAGACAAACUUAACUCUAUGACAGUAGGGCCCCGGGGACCCCUUCUGGUUCAGGAUGUGGUUUUCACUGAUGAAAUGGCUCACUUUGACCGAGAGAGAAUUCCUGAGAGAGUCGUGCAUGCUAAAGGAGCAGGGGCCUUUGGCUACUUUGAGGUCACACAUGACAUUACCAGAUACUCCAAGGCAAAGGUGUUUGAGCAUAUUGGAAAGAGGACUCCCAUUGCAGUUCGAUUCUCCACUGUUGCUGGAGAAUUGGGCUCAGCUGACACAGUUCGUGACCCUCGGGGGUUUGCAGUGAAAUUUUACACAGAAGAUGGUAACUGGGAUCUCGUUGGAAAUAACACUCCCAUUUUCUUCAUCAGGGAUGCCUUAUUGUUCCCCUCCUUUAUCCACAGCCAAAAGAGAAACCCUCAAACGCACCUGAAGGAUCCCGACAUGGUGUGGGACUUCUGGAGCCUGCGCCCCGAGUCUCUGCAUCAGGUUUCUUUCCUGUUCAGUGAUAGAGGGAUUCCAGACGGACAUCGGCACAUGAAUGGAUAUGGAUCACAUACUUUCAAACUGGUCAAUGCAGACGGAGAGGCAGUUUAUUGCAAAUUCCAUUAUAAGACUGACCAAGGCAUCAGAAACCUUUCUGUGGAAGAUGCAGCAAGACUUUCCCAGGAAGAUCCUGACUAUGGCAUCCGAGAUCUUUAUAAUGCCAUUGCCACAGGCAACUACCCCUCCUGGACCUUUUACAUCCAGAUCAUGACAUUCAGUCAGGCAGAAAAUUUUCCAUUUAAUCCAUUUGAUCUCACCAAGAUUUGGCCUCACAAGGACUUUCCUCUUAUUCCAGUUGGUAAACUGGUCUUAAACCGGAACCCUGUCAAUUACUUUGCUGAGGUUGAACAAAUAGCCUUUGACCCAAGCAACAUGCCACCCGGCAUUGAGCCCAGCCCUGACAAAAUGCUUCAGGGCCGUCUUUUUGCCUAUCCUGACACUCACCGCCACCGCCUGGGCCCCAACUACCUUCAGAUACCUGUGAACUGUCCCUACCGUGCUCAGGUGGCCAACUACCAGCGUGAUGGCCCCAUGUGUAUGCUGCACAACCAAGGUGGUGCCCCAAAUUACUACCCCAACAGCUUCAGCGCCCCGGAACAACAGCGCUCUGCCCUGGAGCACGGCACCCGCUGUUCUGGGGAUGUGCAGCGCUUCAACAGUGCUGACGAGGACAACGUCACUCAGGUGCGAACAUUCUAUAAAAACGUGCUGAAUGAUGAACAGAGGCAACGCCUGUGUGAGAACAUUGCAGGCCAUCUGAAAGACGCACAGCUUUUUAUCCAGAAGAAAGCGGUCAAGAACUUCAGUGAUGUCCACCCUGACUACGGGGCCUGCAUCCAGGCGCUUCUGGACAAAUACAACGCUGAGAAACCUAAGAACGCGAUCCACUCCUUUGUGCAGCAUGGGUCUCACUUGGCCGCGAGGGAAAAGGCUAACCUGUGAGGUCUGGGGCCUGCGUCCUUGGCUGCGAAGCUCUCAGUCCAUGAAGCAAAGCAUGACGUCCACACGUGCCAUGUUCUUAUCGCUGGAUAGGAGGUUCUCCUGUGCUGGGUGUGCAAAUGCAAGCUAAUGCCUUUAACAUGGUAAUUCAGGUUUCUGUAGCAAAUAACCUAAUGAUAACUUUUCAUAGUUUUAAUAACUUUUAAUUAUUUCCCCUAGGGAAAUUGGGGGUAAAUGGAGGUUAGGGCUUAAUAAGCGUUUAAAAGAAACAUAUACUGGCUUUUGACAGUAAGUUGGAUUAUUCAUUUAAAAUGACUAGAAGGAAAGUUUCUAGCAGAAAUAUGAUUUUAUUUGGUAAGAAAAAAAAUCUUGGUUAAAAUUGGUGUGUUUACAAAUUACCUCAUGGCCUAUUAAAUAAAAUCAUGGCUAUAAUGAUACAAGAAGAAAAAAAGAUGAUCCACCUGGACAUUUUUAUUUUUAUAAAUUCUUUGUAGGAAAAACACCUUUAAUACAUCAGUGCCUUCCAAAAAGAACUUGAGCCACCAUCAUGGCUUAAUGUGUAUUCCAGCUUGGAAUUGAUCAACUUUUUGUUUUUCUCUUGGAAUCAUAUUGAUUACAUACAGCACUGAUUUUGCAACAGGCUGAUAGGUAAUUGCUUACAUUGUUACAAUAAAGUAAUCUUAGGAAUAGAAGAAA